UAUAUUCCCAUUUGCCAUUCUCUUUGUGUUUGAAGAUUCAACAAUGCCGGUGGCUGCCGUCGCAAGGAUCGCCGGAAGAAAACGCUUCAACAGUACUCCUUUCCUUGCCGCAAUCUGUCUCUUCCUAGCUAGCUAGCUAGCUAGAUCAAUCAAUGACGGGCCGCAGAGACGGUCUGUUGAAUGGAAUUCGAGGAUCGAGAAUUCUGACCGCCAUUACCAUCGGUUUGGUCCUGGGAUGUAUCUUCGCCUUCGUUUCCCCCAAUGGAUUCUUCUUCGUACCAAAACAAGAAGAAGAUCUAAUAACAAAAUAUACUACUUCACAGGCUGCCUGUGAAUCAUCAUCAUCAUCAUCGGACAGGAUUAAUAUGUUGAAAUCGGAGCUUGUAUCAAUUUCAGAUAAAAACUCAGUUUUAAGUAAACAAAUCAAAACCCUAAGAGAUAGACUUCAAUUGACUGAGAAAACUAAAGAUCAAGCUCAGAAGCAAGUGUUAGUGUUAAACGAACAACACAAAGCUGGUCCUUUCGGUACAGUAAAGGGCUCAAGAACAAACCCUACUGUAAUCCCUGAUGAAUCUAUAAACCCUAGAUUAUCAAAAAUACUGGAGAAACUUGCUAUUAACCGUGAGCUUAUAGUCGCCCUAGCCAAUUCAAACGUGAAAGAUAUGUUAACCGUUUGGUUCACCAACAUCAAAAGAGUAGGGAUACCGAAUUACUUAGUCGUAGCCCUCGACGAAGAAAUCGUGAGUCUCUGCAAAUCGAACCAAGUUCCAUUUUACAAAAGAAACCGAGACGAAGAACGAGUGGAAUCAAUCGGAAGAACAGGCGGUAACCAUGCCGUUUCAGGUUUGAAAUUCCACAUCUUAAGAGAAUUCCUUCAAUUAGGAUACAGUGUUCUUCUAUCAGACGUGGAUAUCAUCUACUUACAAAACCCUUUUGAUCAUAUCUACCGCGACUCCGACAUUGAAUCAAUGUCGGACGGCCACGAUAACAUGACGGCAUACGGGUAUAACGAUGUUUUCGACGAUGUUUCAAUGGCUCGUUACGUUCGUACGAUACGUAUUUGGGUUUAUAAUUCGGGAUUCUUUUACAUAAGACCGAGUGUUCCUUCAAUUGAGCUGUUGGAUCGUGUGGUUGGUCGGCUUUCUAGGGAAGCGGAGGCGUGGGAUCAGGCUAUGUUUAAUGAAGAAUUGUUUUAUCCGUCGCAUUUGGAUUAUGAUGGGCUUCAUGCUUCGAGAAGGACGAUGGAUUUGUAUAUGUUUAUGAAUAGUAAAGUGUUGUUUAAGACGGUGAGGAAAGAUUCUAAAUUGGGAAAUUUGAUGCCUGUGAUUGUUCAUGUUAAUUAUCAUCCGGAUAAGCUUCCCAGAAUGAGAGCUGUUGUGGAAUAUUAUGUCGAUGGGAAGAAGGAUGCUUUGAAUGGAUUUCCUGAUGGGUCUCAAUGGUGACAAUUCAUUUAAUUAAAUGUUGUACUUUUAUAUA